UUUGAGGACCCAUUUUCAACCUAUAACUUUUCUCCCUUGAGGUAACUUAGUAAGAGUCCAGGUGUUUUGUUUUUUUCUCUGUGGAGCCUCAAGCUCUUCAGUUGCAGCUUGUUUCCACUUCUGGACUUCUGGUUGUGGUAGCCGGAAUACUUCCUCCCAGGAUGAGGGUUCUGGCUGUUCCGCCGUUCUUGUGAGGUAGGACAAUCUCGGGGCUGGAACACCUCUGUUUGAGCGCGUUGGUCGCCUCACCUCACCCUCUGUGGUCUCGCCCAUUACCUCAGGUGCGUGGUUGGAUCUGGACCUGCUGUCUCCUCCUCCUCAAUUCUGCUGAGAUCAGGAAGCAUAAUCAGUCGUCAGGGUGUUUUGGUCUGGUUGCUGGCUUCGCUGAAGAAGGAGCUCUUUCAUUCUCAUCAGAAUACACCAAUCUGCCUCUGGCUAUCCGGCUGGUGUCAGGAGCCAGAAUUCUGUAGCCUCUGGAUUGUGCUGAGAGCCUACAAAUUCCCUUUUGUGGUCCUAGCCGCUAAGCCGUGCUUCCAAAGACACACAAAUGUAUCAUGGACGGCUUAUGACAUGGAUGGCUUAUGACCAUGCCAAAGUUCAUAUGGUGUUGUGCCUAUAGGCUUUGUGUGCAUUCUGUUUUGUGUGUAUGUAGCAGUCAUGAUGCCUUCCCCCCAGAGUUUCCUGUGGGAGGUGCGUGUCAGCAAGCAUGCAUCUUAUCAGGUCCAGGAGGCUUCUGUUUUUUCUUCUGAGACUCCAUUUGGGACAGAUUGUAAGCUACUGUGGUUUGAUGCACGAUUCCAUGUUCUCUCAGGAACUGCGGGGUGGCGCUGGACAUAAACUCUUCUUCCAUUGUCUGUGCACAGGAUCUUUGGCUUCCAUCCAGAUUUGUUGCUUGCCAUGGCACGUAGUCCUGGAGUUACUCGAGCAUCUGUGAUGUCUCCUUUUCCUGCAUGCUCCGGAUUGACUCAUAGCUCCUGUGUCCCAGAUGUCUCUGCCACAGUUGCUACCGUAGCAGUUUUCAUGCAGGCACGACUUAGCGAGGUUCACUUCAUUGGACUGGUAUGCCUCAGUGCUGAACCAGGCUGGUCUUUCUUUGGCUGUCUUUGAUACAGGUUGCUUCUGCACACUGUACAGGCCUUUGCAUUCAGAGCCUACAAGGCAAACUUAUCCAUUCUGGGUAACAACACAUUGUCUGUUUCUAAUAUACAGCUCAAAGCCUUGUUUUCUCUAGCUUGGAUGUUGAAAGCAAGGAGCCUGAGAAGUCAGGGAUAUACAAGACAUCUCUCACAAAAAACUCAUUAAUUGAUCCAUCCUAGGAAUUGCAACACAAAAUUCCUUCGCCUCUCUUCCUUGCUUUAAUUGUAGUAUUAUUGCCCAAAUGAACAAUCUCUUCGGGAAUAUCAAGCAAUUCAGUAUAGAAAUCCAAAUUUUUUGAGAGAUGAACUGAGGACCCACUGUCUAAUAUGAAUCUUCCAUUUCCUUGAAACAGUGAGGCACUAAAAUUCUUAUUGGAAUUUGCACGCUUAAUAAUGAAUUAAAGAAAAUAUUUAAAAUGACAUUUCCUAAGAAGCCAGAAUCCUUCCUGCUGGGAAUAACACAAGGUGUAAUCUCUACAACUAAUUUAACAUUUUUUAUGUAUGCUUCUACAGUGGCCAGAAUUAUAUAUGCACAGAAAUGGAAGAGUAAUGAACUGCCUUCAAAAGAAGACUGGCUGAUAAAAAUUUUGGAAUAUGCGGAGACGGCAAAACUUACAGCACUAAUAAGAGACCAAAACUUGGAAUGUUUUAAAGAAGACUGGAAACCAUUCUUGUUGUAUCUAAAGAAUUACUUUCCUACUAUGGACUUUACAGCAGGGUUUGAAAUUUAGCAAAAAACUGCAGGUUGGAUAGAUUAGCUAUGUUUGUAAGGGUUUGAAUUUAUGUUUUGAAGUAUUAUUAUUAUAGCAAGGGUAAAUUUUAUAGCUGAUGAUUCACGAAGAGAUGUGUGCGGGGAGUCCACCUUUUUGUGUGUAUUUGCAAUGAAUGGCUGUUAAAAUUAAUAAAAAUUGAAUUUGGGGAGAGAAAAAAAGGAAUUUGCACGCUUAAAGUUCUUAGUUAAAUUCCUCUCAGUAAAAUCGACUCUGUUUGUCUGAUUCCUGGGACAGCUCGCCACCUUGGGACCAGAUUGGCUACACAGAAAACAUCUAAUGGGCAUUUGUCCCAGUUGCCCUCAUUCCAGGAGCAGUCUCCCUGGUCAUGUGACCUCUCUGUCUGGAUUGAGUAUCCUUGGUAUAAAACUCUACAAGAUCUCAGCCUUCCAUGGGGAGCAGGCAGCCUUCGAACGAACGGUCUCUCAGCAAGUUGUCUAGCACACUUCCACGCCCCACCCAGGCAUUGCUUACUGUUCAUCCGACUUGGGUAUGUCCCUAGCUAAAGGAUGGGCUCCGAUUACAGUGGAAAAAGGAGCAUUGGGUCUUACCUGUGAAGGGUCCUUUUUCACCGUAAUCGGAGCCCAUCCACCCUGACCCGCGGAAGCAAACUUAAUAUUGGAGGAUAAUAAGCAUAGUUGGGGCCAACACUGAAACUAUGAUCACCGGGGCUAGUUCAUGUGUAUAUAUGUGUACUAUAUAGAGGCGUUGGUGUGACAAUGGUUAGUAAAUAUUAGUAGAUAUUACCGCUCAUGUGGAUGGGCAAGGGCUAAUCUAAUCCAUUUCCAACCUUAGAAAAGAUCAUUCCUUUUUUGGCUAAGCUAACCUCAAAACAGAGCUCUCUCUCCAGUAGUUUUUCACAGCAUCCUUCAGCACGACAGUCGGAACUGGGGAUUAGCGAUCAACCUAGCCUCCAGGAAAACUCUGCUGUGAUCACUUCCUGUCGAUUCUGAUAGCAUGAAGGAAAUACCCUAGCUAAAGGAUGGGCUCUGAUUACGGUGAAAAAGGACCCUUCACAGUGAAGUGUGAAUCUGACUCUCCUGGUGUGGUGUACCUGCCAGCUGAACUAGAGGUGCUAAAUGGCCCGGAGUAUUUCCGUCUUCAGCGUACAGAUCGUUACUUGCCAGGAAAUGCUUCUCUCAGCUCCCGCUCUGAGACCUUCCUCUUCCUCCACCGUCAGCUCACAGCAAAGCCUGCCAUCCAAGCUUCCUACCUGCCUUUCACUGCCCAGCAGGCAGUCCCAACUGACGACUCCGAAUUCACAGAUGUCUCUUCUGCUUGGGACGUCCGGGCUGUAUCCAUUGAGGGUACAGUGUCUCCUUAUGAGCCAUACUCUAGGGUCCUAUUCCAUCUCCAAGGGCAAGAAUGGAUGUUGGGACAACAGGCCCUACCUUGCGUCACCCUACAUGUCUUCCACCAGGCCCAGGUGGUUCACAAAGCCUGCCACCUCCAGGCACCCCUGGGGGUGUGUGUAGUGGAACUAGAGCUGCCGCCUCGCUGGUUCUCUCCUCCGCCUGCCAGCAGUCAGCGCAAACCUGAGGAUUCUACUCUCACUCCCCUACGGGCUGAGCUGUACUACACCCUGGGGCCCUCUGUGCCUGGGAAGACACCUGGAGAGUGCCCCCACGUGAGACCCCCAGAAAGACCACGGCCAGGGACAGAGGGCACCAAGGAGCAUCUGCACUACGUGGGCCCUGUUGAGAUCAGGGUGAUGAGCCCACCACGACGGCAGGAAGUGCGGCUGGAUGAUAACGUGAUGGUCCGGGUUCCUGACAUGGCCCUGCGCCCGGGGCAGCUCUUCACUGCCACCCUCAUUUUGCAGCAGAACUUCACUGCUGACCUGCUGACACUCCGAAUCAAGGUGAAGAAAGGGCUCCAGGUUCUGGCAGCUCGCCCCACCAGACCUGAGGCUUGGACUGUGAAGCUGGACAAAUUCAAGGGUACCAAACACCACACAGCUCUGGUCACCUGUCGCCGUUCCCUUAGCAGUGGGCUGGACUGGAGGGCAGCCGAUUCUCCAGAGUUCCUGUAUCUGGAUUUUGUAGUGGAGAAUGGCACAGGGGGCCUGUCUUCUACACGUCCUGUCACUUGGCAAGUGGAGUAUCCUGGCCAGGACCCUGAGGCUGAGAAGGACAAGAUGGUGUGGGAGAUACAAGUCUCAGAGCGAGAUGUACGGGCUUUGGUUCCACUGGUGAAGGAGCAGGAGAUUGUGAACACUGCACUCCUAACAGGAAUUCCUUACUCGGUGCCUGUGAAACUGGUUGUGGUAGAGACCGGGGGAGCUGUGUCUGAGGUCACUGAGCAGAUGGGCUGUGAAUCUUCUAACAAACAGGUCUUGCAGGUGUCGGAUGUGUGCGAUGCUGUCUACGUAGGGGGGAAAGAGAGCCGAGGGGCACGUGGUGUCCGGGUUGAUUUCUGGUACCGCCGGCUCCAUGCUUCCCUGCUCUUCACUGUCUGGGCCCCGCUAUUGCCUCUGCGUAUUGAGCUGACAGACACCUCCCUGGAGCAGGUGCGGGGCUGGAGGGUCCCUGGCCCUGCCCCAGAAAGCAGCUCAGCAGAUCCUGAAGAGGGAGGAGAGGAAGCUGAGAGGAGAGCACGCGGCUGCCGGCUCCAGUACCAGCGUGCCGGGGUUCGUUUCCUUGCCCACUUUGUGGCUCACCCACUAGAUGGUGGCCGUCACUUGACCUACAUGCCAAGCUCCGAUUGGCUGCUGGAUGUUUCACAUCUGGUGCAAAAGCAUGCUCGAAUCCAGGACCCCCGAGUGGCGACACUGGAAGGUGGGAGCGUGGUGAUUGGCCGUGAGCCAGGAAUGACAUCUGUGGAGGUGCGCUCUCCUGUUUCUGACUCCAUCUUGGGGGAGCAGACCCUCGUGGUGUCGGAGGAGAAGGUUUCCAUCUCAGAGCUGCAGGCUCAGCUGGUCUCCGGCGUCUCACUGACUCUUUCUGUGGAGCCGGGGCACCCCAAUGUCUUCACGGCCACGUGCCAGGGACUCUCAGCCCUGCGUUUCCUGAAGCAGGAAGCAGUGCUAAGCUUCUGGCUGGUAUUCACUGAUCACACCUUGGCUCCCAUAGAGCUGUACAAUGGGCGUGACGUGGCGGUCUCACUUUCUUCUCUGAACCCUAGCGUGGUCUCCGUGCGGCUGGGUGAGGAGCAGGCCCGCCCAGUGAUUGUUGCUGAGAGCCUGGGCCGAGGGUCCCUCCUGCAGCUCAGCCUGCAUUCCCCAGACUCCUGCCGCAAGGGCAAGCACAGGGCUCCACUCUCCCAAGGCACAGUGUGGCUGGAAGUGAACUUUGGACAGCAGCCCCCAACAACCAGCAGCCCGCGUCAACAAGAUCACCAUCGCCAUGACGAGUCCCCCUUCCAGCGAGCAGAAGGUGCCAUGUCGGGGGAAGCAGUGACAGUUGCAGCUGUCACAGAGAGUGGAAGGGGAUCGCGGAGGCGUGACCCAGUGGGGGUGGGGCCACCAAUGACCAAAUUUGAGGGUCCUGGUGGUAAUUCUUAUGAGGAUGCUGAACAGGAGGGUGUGGAGGAGGAGGAGGGGGAGAAGGAGGAGGAAGAUGAGAUGGUGAAGGCCCCUGCAAGAGUAACAGACCUGGAGAUUGGUAUGUACGUUCUCCUGGGUGUUUUCUGCCUCGCCAUCUUCAUCUUCCUCAUUAACUGUGUGGUCUUUGUUCUCCGUUACCAGCGCAAGGAGCCUCCAGAUGCUGGUUCCGGGCCAGCCUCUUCGACCCAACAGCCCCACAACUGGAUCUGGCUGGGCACUGGCCAGGAGGAGCUUGACCGGCAGCUGGAUCUGUGCACCCAGCACUGCCAAGACCAACCCCUUGACCCUUCCAGUACCAACGAUGGGUGCUGCUGCUGUGCGGGGCCAGAGGGCAAAAUGGAGGCUGUGGCCCAAGAGAGCCCAGCUCUACCAGGGACAGAAACCACUGUUUCUGCCAGUACUCUGGGCCCAACUGGCCCAGGAAGCCCUGCCCUUGCCACCACCUUGUCCAGGAAAAAGGACGGCAGGGAGGUCGGUGGCCGGCGGAAGCGUGUGGAGUUUGUGACCUUCGCCACUCCCCCUGGCUCUGCCCCCAGCCCCCCUGCCUCCGCUCCUGCUGUCCAGUCCAUCCUGGUGGCCAGUGAAGAUGACAUCCGUUGGGUGUGUGAGGACAUGGGGCUGCACGACCCCGAUGAGCUGCGCAGCUACAUGGAGAGGAUCCGGGGCAGCUCCUGACCUCAGGCUCUCCUGGGCCUCACCCAUAUCCCUAUGGGCAAACCAAUAAGGGACCAGCAUUUGCCCCCCUUGGGUGCUCUCCUAGGAUCAUCCCGCUGGGCUUUCUACCUGUUCCUUCUAGUGGGGACUCUCCACAACAGGAAACUAGCCUUGGGUCACUCUGCUAGGGAAAGCUGAGCCAGAGAUACUCUGGAUCUCUAUGUUAGAGAUCUCCAUCCUUGGCUGUACCAUUAAGCCCAUCCUCUUUUCAUUCUGGAGAGGGGUUUACAGGUCAGAGUCGACCCCCUCUUGCUACGGUCUCAGUGGAGUUAGCUCUCUCUCCUGUGGAUAGAAGACCCCUCGAGUCCUCGUUGCUUCUCCACCCCCACCCCCAACGCAGGAUUUUAUGAGGUGGGAGGCGAGGGGCUUACAGACUGGAAAUCAACUGAACACCAGCAGCCAGCCAACUGUGAUGUGCUCUGGAGGGGAACCUGGGGGCCUGCUCCUGGACCUCCCUUAUUGCUUUGAUUCUCAUUGCCAGUUUGUGUCCAUUGUGAUGGUUUUAACAGCGAGUGUCCUCCCUCCUUCCCUCCCUGUGGUCUGAGCCUGGGGCUCUUCCCCUUCCGCCUCCCCCACCUUGUAGCCGGGCAAGGGCAGAUCUCCAGGGAGCCCUGGCCGGUCCUUGUUCACCCCGGCUGCGUGCCUGGUGUCCUUGACAGUUUUGUACAAUCGCUCAUAUUUUAUACCUGUAGUAUUGGGAAGCUGCCAGGCAAGUCCUUUAUUUAUGGAAGAUUUUUAAUUCUUACAUUGUUAAAAAAUAAAAUAAAUAAUAAUGGAGGGGGAGAAAAGAAAACCCACCAAAGAUU